UCCUUCUCAUUUGGUUUCAACACCAUAUUCAGAAAACAGAGGUGAGAGAGUGUGUGUGCUUGUAGAAAAUGAAGCUAAUGGCGGGGUUAUUCGCGAUAAUUGUGACCGUUUUGGGGGUUUCGAUCGAAGGGUACGACUGCAAAGUGGUGCAGUUUAUCUUCGGGGACUCGCUCUCGGAUGUUGGCAACAACGAACACCUCUCCAGGAGUUUAGCCAAGGCGAGUUUGCCGUGGUAUGGUAUCGAUUUCGGGAAUGGAUUGCCUAACGGAAGGUAUACCAAUGGUCGCACCGUUGCUGAUAUCAUAGGGGAUAAAAUGGGACUACCACGGCCACCAGCAUUUCUAGAUCCGUCACUGACUCAAGAUAUGAUAUUGGAAAAUGGAGUGAAUUAUGCAUCUGGAGGUGGAGGGAUAUUGAAUGAAACUGGUGGUCUCUUUAUCCAAAGGCUUUGCAUGUACAAGCAGAUAGAGUUGUUUCAAGGAACACGGGAUCUGAUAGUAGCAAAAGUAGGGCAAACAGAAGCUGACAAGUUUUUCCAAGAAGCCAAAUAUGUGGUGGCUUUAGGAAGCAAUGACUUCAUCAACAACUACUUGAUGCCUGUUUACAGCGAUUCUUGGACUUACAAUGAUCAGACCUACAUGACCUACCUAAUGGAAACUCUCCAAGACCAGCUUACGAUAUUGCACGGGUUAGGGGCGCGGGAUCUAAUGGUGUUUGGACUGGGACCAAUGGGUUGUAUUCCACUCCAAAGGGUGCUAAGUACAUCAGGGGCGUGCCAGCAAAAAACAAACAACUUGGCUCUGAGCUUCAACAAAGCCACAAGCAAGCUUGUGAGUGAAUUGUCAACCAAGCUUCCCAAUGCUAGCUACAAAUUUGGAGAUGCUUACGAUGUUGUCAAUGAUGUCAUCACCAAUCCUCAAAAAUAUGGAUUCAGCAAUUCAGACUCGCCAUGUUGCUCAUUCGGGAGAAUCAGACCGGCUCUAACAUGUGUCCCUGCAUCAACUUUGUGCAAAGACAGAAGCAAGUAUGUGUUCUGGGAUGAGUACCACCCGUCCGACAGUGCUAACGAGUUAAUAGCUAAUGAAAUGAUUAAGAAUCUUGGAUGGACCACCGUUGCCAAUAAUGGUACGAAUGGCCCUUCCCCUGCUCCAGCAGCCAUUGCUCCAUCCCCACAGGGCUAAUAUGAGUUUUUCUUGUUUCCCUUUCUUUCUUUCUUGUGCAUGCAUGGUUGAAUGUGAAGGAUCUAGUUUCUAAUUUUGUUUGUAAUCUUUGAUUCCAAAUGUCAUACAGUAGUAUAUAAUAAGAGUUGAGUUGAGUUGA